GAGAGACGUAGGAGAGGGGGAGAGAAAGAAAGAGAGAAAAAGAAAGCUGGGGAAGUGACUGCAUGCCGUGAGUUUUAUGAGUGCUUGAGUUUGGAAAGGACGACAAAACUGCAAACUGGUUUUGAGCAAAGACGAGGUUGGAGGCGCGCAGGGCUCCGCUUUCAUGCACUGGAAGCUUUGACGGUCUGGUUACUGGAACCCAGCUGUGUCUGUGGUGAUUAGAGGAGUAAAGUCUGAGACGUUGCAGGGGCGGUGGGAAUUUUCGCGUUUCGCAGUUCUCUAGCCCAUAGGUGACUUACUAAAAAUACUCCAAUUUCAAUUGACUCCUGACUUUGAAGUUAAGUUUAGCUUCCAGGAAACAGGAGUGAAAUAGGAGUGUCUUUAUAGAGAAACAUCCUGAGACGAGACAGACCGGCUGCAUGGCAGGCAGUUUCGUUUGCUAGCUAGCUGGAUAGCUAACUACACAUCUUAAUUGUACUUAACUGGAUGCGAGCAAAUGUCAUUAAAUGACCAUAGUUGCCGUCACUUAGUUCAAUAAGAGCAGUGUUAUCUGGACGGCGAUUACAGAGGAGCAGAUUUCUGAGCUAGCUAGUUACCAACUGUACUCCCUGACUGCACUAUGGAGGAGCAAGAGAAUAACCCCAUAGAAGUAACUGUUAAAACUCUCGACUCCCAGAGCCGUACGUACACAGUGAGCGCUCAGAUGACAGUAAAGGAGUUCAAAGAACACAUAUCCCCGUCAGUUGGAAUACCGGUUGAGAAACAGAGGCUGAUCUAUCAGGGUCGAGUGCUCCAAGAUGAGAAAACGCUGACCGAAUACAACGUCAAUGGCAAAGUCAUCCACUUGGUUGAGCGUGCACCGCCUCAGACUACCCAGCCAGGGUCUGGCCCAGGCGGGGCGGCUGGGACCUCAGGAGGGGCACAGGCAGGAGGGUCCAGCUCGGCCAGCUCUCAGGGGAUGCCCCACGCAGCCGCACAUGACCGCAACGCCAACAGCUAUGUUAUGCUUGGCACCCUCAAUCUCCCCGUGAACAUCAUGGACCCCCAGCAAAUUCAGAUGUCCAUCCAGCAGAUGAUGACAGGCCUGGGAGAAGGAGUUCGGACUGCCCGGGCAGGUGCUGCUCCUGGGGCCAGCGGCUCUGUGAACACACACCUGGAUUUAGACCAGUCCCUGCAGAGUGAGCCCAGACUGCGGCUGGUCUUGGCCGAGAAUCUGCUGAGAGAUGCCAGUGCCCUCAUUCAGAGACUGGAGGGCCAGCCUAUGGAUGCCUCCUCCCCUCCAGAAGACUCGGCUCUGCCUCCUCCUUCCUCUACCUCCCCUCCACCCUCAGUUCAGCCCAUGGACACCUCCCCUCCUCAGCCCAGUCCUCCUCCUUCGUCCUCGUCCUCCACCCAGACUGAGGGAGGGCCUCCUCCUCCUCCUCCCUCAGGACCCAGUCACCCCAGCCCUGCAGAGAUGCUGGCGACGCUGGCCGAGCUGAGGAGAGUGGAGGACCGGCUGCAGCCCUUCAUGCAGAGAGCUCACGCCAUCCUGCAGAGCGCCACCACCGCGGAUUACAACAACAACACCCAGGAAAGAGAGGAGGACCAGCGCGUUCUGAACCAAGUGGCGGAGGUGCUCCGUCUCUUGGGCAACGCUCUGGUUGCCCUGAGUGACCUGCGCUGUAACCUGUUGAGCGCACCACCCCGUCACCUGCACGUGAUCCGACCCAUGUCUCACUACACCUCCUCUGUCCUGACACCAGGGGGCGUGCAUCACAUGCCCAUACAGGUUAAUUUGGGAACCACGGUGACCAUGUCAGCUAAUGGCAGACCAGCAGCUGAGAGUCACCCUCAAUCUGGUGGCCAAUCAGAACAGCCCGGGCAGGGACAAACCCCCACCCCACAGCCAGGUAUGGCCAAUCAGCAGGUCGGCCAGCCAGGGCCCAGGGUGAUACGAAUAAGCCAUCAAACCACGGAGCCAUUGGUGAUGAUGCAGUUUAACAUUGAUGAUGCUGGAAACGGCUCCCAGGCCAGCGGGCAGCAGGGUGGUGGUGGUACCGGAACCGGACAGCCCGGCACCGUCCCUAAUGUUCAGAUACCUGGCCUACCUCCAGAGUUCAUGCAGGCCAUCGUCAACCAAAUUACCCAGCAAGCCAUAGGUAUGGCGGCCGCCGCCUCUGCCGGCCAGCAGGGGGUCCAAGCCCCCAACCCUGGUCCAGGCCCCGCUGGUACAGGCCCUGCUGCCCCUCCUAUGCCCCCUCACCAGGCCCGCGUGGUGUUUACCCUCCCUCCCUUUACCCAUCGGAUGGCAACUCCCCCCUUCGCCACUAGGGGCAGCGGCGUUAACAUGAGAGCCACGGUGCCGCCGACAGUGGGCCAGCAGCCAGGCCAGGCCCCACCUGUGAAUCCUGCUGUUCUCAAUCAGAUGAUUAGUGGACUGGUGGGACAGCUCUUAACAGGCGUUUCUGGCCAGAUGACAACUCAAGCCACUACCGCCUCUUCCUCUCACACGUUUACCUUCUCCACUUCAUCGUCCUCCUCUUCAUCGUCAUCGGCUUCGUCCUCGACCCUCCCAACCUCCACCACUGCCACCAGUGCCUCCGGCCCCACCCAGUCUGCCGGCGCCACCGACGCCACCACAACCUCCGCAAGCUCCGCCCCGGAGCCCGGUGCCACGCCUACUCCUCCUCAAGGGUUUCCUCUUGGGGGCAGCUUAGACCAGCUGCUGGGCUCUUUCCUGGGGGCAGGUGUGGGUGCUGCUGGCCAGACCCAAGGAGCUGCCCCCUCCAUCACUGUGACCAUGCCCGGGAUCCCCGCCUUUAUUCAGGGAGUCAACGACUUCAUACAGGUGUCCCAACAAACGCACGCCGAACCCAGCCCUGACCAGCCCCCGGCCCCUAACCCCGCGCCUCCGGCCGCGGAGCAGAGGCCGGAUGGCGGAGCCACCGCUGCCGAACAGGUUCUGAACACGGAGCUCUUCACGGGCAUUGUGCAGGGAGUCCUCUCCACCAUGAUGGGCUCGCUGGGUGCGCCGCAGGAUAGCACAGAGAGCAUCGCCCAGUUCAUACAGAGGCUCUCCCAGACCAGCAACAUUUUCACGCCCAGCAGCGGGGAGGACAUGGGUUUCUUUGGGGACCUGUUGACUCUGGUGUGUCAGGAGUUCUCCAUGGUAGACAUGGUUCUCCUGCUCCACGGCCAGGCUCAGCCGCUGAGCCGCAUACGCCCCCUGCUGGAGCAGUUCUUCGUGGGUCACUACCUGCAGGGACGGGAGCCGUCCGAGGCCAACAUUGCAGCAGCCACCGAGGAACUGAUCGGAGAACUCGAGGAGUACAUCACUGAGAGCUUUGCCACGGUCACGGUCCGGGAUGGGGUUGACAUCACCCAGACGAACCGGUCCUUUCUCAGACAGCAGCUCGCGGCCAUCGCCACACAUAUCCUGCACUGCUCAGACCACACGUUUGGGCCUCGUCUUCUGCAGCUGUGUAACCGCGCUCUGUUUGAGUGUUUGGCCCUAAAUCUGUACUGCCUGAGAGGAGACCAGAACAUUCUCACUGCUGUCAUCAACAACCGCAUAAGGACCAUGUCGGCGGAGGUCAACCCCAGUGUGGUGAACUGGUUGACUGGCAUGAUGUCGAUGAGACUGCAGGUCAUUCUGGAGCACAUCCCAGUCACGGAGGAGCAAGUUCUCCACUACGUCGUCCACACUCGGAGUGAAGACACAGGAGAGGACCCUACCCAGGGGCCACAGAUCCAACCUGUAGAGAUAGACGAGACUCUCUCUCCCACUCCGGCCACCACGGCGGAGGAGGCCAUGGUCACGUCCCAGCAGGCGGAGGCCACAAGAGCUUCGGCGGGGGAGACGGGUGGAGCGGUGGGUGGAGAGGAGCCCGGCGGAGACGGAGAGGUCUGGACCGCAGCCGUUCCACCUGAGUGGGUGCCCAUCAUCAGACAGGACCUGCUCACCCAGAGGAAGAUGAAGGCUCAGCCUCCCCUCUCUGACGCCUAUUUACAGGGGAUGCCUGCCAAGCGCAGGAAGAUGGUACAGAGUGACGGCCCUAGACUUGCUCUCUCUGAGGCAGUGAGCCAAGCUGCCCGAUCAGCAGGGGUCAUGCCCGUCACGUCUGCCAGUGCCCUGCAGGCUGACCUGGAGAGUGCAGAACUUCAGGAGGCAUAUUCACAACAGAUGACUAAUGACAUUAAGAGGCGAGUGAAAGACGACCCCGACUUCAGCUCCAGAAGGUUCCCCAACACACACCGAGUCUUUCCACCAGACUCGUAACCUGCGUAUGUGUGCUAACCUCAGCAUCACUCACUAUACUGCGUGUGCGUCCAGUCUGUUUGAAUUUAAAUAUCAAUGAUUUUACGCUGUCCAGAGAAUUUGCUACUUCUCUAUUAAUAAAUGAUUGCACAUAACUGCACUGUGGACUGUUCCAGCGCUCCUACCACAGAUACACAGUUCACCAUGGCAAUAAAAGAAACCUCACACAUGCGACCCUCAAACCCUUGGAUGUGUUUAAAAGAAAGAAAAGUGUACUUGGAAUCUGUGUAAACUGAAGUAUUUUUAUUUGAAAACCUUUUAUUACUCUCUAGCUUGCCUGCUUUAAAAAUCCUCAGACAUGAUGACAAUGAAAAAUCUCAUCAUUAAAUAGCUUUGCAACAAACAAAAGUUCAAAUUGCCCUUGUUCGUCGAAUGUUUGUUUAUAAGUCCAGAAUCACCCGUGUUGGCUUUCCAAUGCAUGAGGCAAUACGAUGUGGUCACAGCUGGCCUGGAAACUAUUGAGCAGGCUGUGUGUGUCUGUGUGUGUGUGUCUGUGUGUGUGUUGGGUCAUUCUGCCUUUGACGUACAUCCUCGUGGGGCAUGAAGACAUGCCUGUGGAAUGUGCAUUUGUGGAAUGAGGGCGGGCUCUUGCGGAUCUGCUCGCAGGAGCUGCAGCUCUACAGCAUGAUAAUAUGCAGUCUGUAGUUGGUCAUUUUUCCUGUCAAUAAAGCGAACAUUGGCUGUAGAAGUAGGCAGUUCUGGUUCACAUGGAGUCCAAACACACCAAGUACUGGUUUCAGACUGAAGCUAGCUAGCUACCCAGAACCUACAGAUACUUUCCCACAGAAGGGUGGCAAGACAUUGUGUGAGGUAAAACAAAUCAACACUACUCAAGUUAGAGCUACUGUGUGUUUCUGUACCUUUUUCAUUUGUGAUACUGACUUGUUCAACUAAAUCCAUUAAUAGUAAGAUUAAUGAAGUUAAUGCUACCUAACAUAAAGGAGUGGGAAAUGUUAGCAAUGCAAAGUCCACAACAUACCAGGAAAUGCUUCAGUAUGGAGUACCUAGCUAACUAUCAUGGAUAACUGUUCAUAUUGACAAUAUUGUUGGACAACCUGAACAUUUCCAAAGUGGUAGAAGUUAUUGUUAAUUUCCAUGGGUCAAGCAAUGGCAGUUAACAUGGGUAUAUACACUGUUCAGUCUUAAACAAUAAACCACGUUAAAGCAACCUUAAACCACCUGUCUAAUAUGGCGUCAGUCUUUCUUAGGCCACCAAAACAGCUCUGACCCGUUGAGAUAUGGCCUCCACAGGACCUCUGCAGUAUCUGGCACCAAGACAUUAGCAGCAGUCCUGUAAGAUGUGAGCUGUAGUCUCCAUGAACGCAUUUGACUGACAUGCAAAAUGACCAACCACAUGUUUUAGUGCAGUGUUAGGAUGUAUUUACAAUACCGAGCUUAUAAAUUAGAUUAUUUUAUUCCUUUUUUCCUCGUCUUUUGCUCUGAAGGUUUAUAGUGGGAAAGCAGGUCUUCUGAAAAUAUACUUUAUGUAUGAAAACAUUUCCAUCUGUAAUAAGACUUUUUGUUUAAUUGAACGCUGUACUGUAUUUUCUUUCAAAUAAAAUUAAUAAGCAUUUA